AUGAAGUUCGCCCAGACAAGCUCUCUGCUAGCUCUGGCUUGGGCCUCUGUUGCAACCGCUCUGCCAGCCCAAGAAGAGAGGUCAGCGUAUAAAGGUAGUCAAAAGCCAUCCUGCCGGUUCGGCCUCAAAUGGUCCCAGCAAGAUGUGCUUGAUCGAACAGAUGACUUCAUCUGGGAUCUGUUGUACUGGGAGGGCAAGUUCCAUCAAAACGACGUAGCCUACAACACCAAAAAUGGCAUGUCCUAUGACGGGACGCAGAUCGAUUGGGUCACCGGCAAGCGCACUGCGAAACACCCUUUCAGCGCCGCAAGCAAAGAGGCGCUCCAAAUUAUUCUCUAUGCCCAGGCAAUCGCCGGUUCUCGAGAGGCUGCCAGAUUCCUGACUCCCAAUGACCUCAAGGCAGCUCCCGCCUUUGCAGCCUCCAUCAUGGAAGUCAAAUUGAAGUCCUACCUUCAAUUCAAUGAGACUUUCCCCGGCUUUGGCGGCUUUCUCCCUUGGAUGCUCACCGAUGGGGAUGCCAUCAGGCCGACUGACGACUGGGUCAACAGGGUCCCCGGUUUAGAUAACGGAGAACUUAUCUGGGCCGUUUAUGGCUGCGUUGAAGCCCUCAGGAGCCAACACAAGUCAAAGUUUACCAAGAUUGCCAACGGCUGGCAGGAUUGGCUCGACUAUGUCGCAUCAACGGCAGCCGACAUCUUCCACGUUGGCGAUGGGAAAGUCUGCGCCGUCACUUCAAUUGCAGACCAGACUUUGCCAAUCCAGGAUACGAAGCAGAGCUACAAAUGCGAAACGCCCACGUAUCUUGAUGACCCAUAUGAAGGCGAGCUCUUGACGUACUUCUUGCAAUUCUUCGGGGACUUGUCCAAGAAGGAGAAGCAGAAGCUCUGGGAAUACAAGCGUCCCAAAUUGGAGAGUGCCGAGUAUAACAUGGGAGGGGUUGGCCCGAUUACGUUAUGCACAGGUUAUUGGUUCUCCAGCCACGAAAUCUGGAACCAACUUGAGCUGCCUUACUACGAUGUCGACAUUAUUCACCGCCUUUUCAAGAAUGGAGAACGCGUUCGGACCUGCAACUCGGUUGUCACCAAGGUCCCAGGGAUGUACGCGUCGGUCAACAACUCGACCGAUCCUGAGACAGACACCAUCAUUGGUUACAUUUCUCCGGCUGGCAUCCCGUCGGUAGCGAGUCAAACGGAACAGGAACAUGAUGUCAUCACCCCGUACAGUGUUUUCCCGACCGUUAUGUUUGACAAGGCCGUGGGCCUCGCUUGGUGGAGAAACAUGAUUGUUGGAAAGAAGAUGCAGAACCCGUACGGAAGUACCGAGUCUACGAGGGUAGAUGGCGAAUUAGUCUCGGCGCUAUUAACCUGGGACAGCAAGGUCACCACUGUAGUGGCCCUACUAGGUGGUGUCACCGACCUCCGUGAAUAUUCAUUGGUAUUUGGCGAGCUGAAGGGAGAGGAUGUGGACUUCUGUUUGCCGAAGGCGACCGUGCCGGAUGCUGGCCUUGAAGAUUUCACGGCUUGCCGGGAGUAG